AAAAACCAGUGGAGAAGAGGUCACUGGAGCCAUUAACAACAACAUUCUUUUAGUCUCAUAUUGAAUCAAUGGGAGCAAGAGCAGGAGGUAGAGGUUUGGAGCUAAGGCUUGGCUCCAUUAACCUACUACUGCUCAUCUUCUUCAUCACUUCUCUAUUCUUCAACGUCUACUUCUUCUUCUUCUUCUUCUCAUACUCCUCCAUCUUCUCACUUUGGCCGGAGCCCAGGUGGAGUCAGUCGGCGGCGGAAGAAGCCGAAGCCGUCGCGGCCAUAUCAUGCUCCGGCCAUGGCCGUGCUUUUGUGGACGGAAUUAUGAUUAAUGGCAGGCCUUCAUGUGAGUGCAACACUUGCUAUCAUGGCUCUGAUUGCUCCAUUCCCUCUCUUGAUUGCUCUGCGGACGCUGACAGUGGAAAUCCAUUGUUUCUGGAGCCAUACUGGUACAGACAUGCAAAGGGCAGUGCAGUGGUGGUGGCCGGAUGGCACCGGAUGGGCUACGAUGCCACCGGAGAAAACUUCAUCUCCGUUGAGCUUGAGCAACAUAUCCGAAAGCUCCAUCGCAUCGUCGGCAAUGCCGUCGUCGACGAUCGCUUCAUCAUCUUCGGCGCCGGCUCCACCCAACUUCUUUAUGCUCUUGUCCACGCUCUCUCUCCCCAUAACUCUUCCUCCCCUGCCAGCGUCGUCGCUUCCAUUCCUUACUACCCUGUAUACAAAAUGCAAGUGGAUCUCUUUAAUUCAAAACUGGCAGAAUGGAGAGGAGUGACAUCAAGCUGGGUUAAUGAAUCAAUAUCAUCAUCAUCAUCAUCAUCAUCAGAUGGAUCAAUGAACAACUUCAUUGAGUUUGUGACUUCACCUAACAAUCCUGAUGGACUUCUUAAACAGUCUAUUCUUGGUGGUUCAUCAGUCAUUUAUGACUAUGCUUAUUACUGGCCACACUUCACUGCCAUCCCUGCCCCUUCUGAUCACAAUGUCAUGAUCUUCUCUAGCUCCAAACUUUCCGGCCAUGCCAGCAGUAGGUUUGGAUGGGCAUUGAUAAAAGAUGAGCAAGUUUACAAGAAGGCGAUAUAUUACAUGAAAUUGAACACAAUGGGUGUGUCUCGGGAUACACAACUGAGGAUGUUGAAGAUCAUCAAAGUUAUACUUGCAGAACAUGGAAGAAAAGGUGACAUCUUUUCAUUUGGAUACCAAACAAUGAGAGAGAGAUGGACCAAACUUAACAAAGUUGUUUCAAAGUCUAAACGUUUCUCUCUUCAAACUAUUCCUUCUCAGUAUUGCAAUUACUUCAAAACCAUCAGAGAUCCUUCUCCCGCGUAUGCUUGGUUGAAAUGCGAGAGGGAUGAAGACCAAGAAUGUGAUGUUGUGCUAAAAAAUGCGGGUAUAAUUUGCCGUGAAGGUAGCUUAUUUGAAGCCGAUGAUCGGUACGUUAGAUUGAGUUUGGUCAAAACACAAGAUGAUUUUGAUCAGUUGGUGCAAAAAAUGGAUGCUCUGGUUUCUGAUCAUUCGAGCAUAAGUUCUAUUUGAGAUAUUAUAGAUUAUAUUUGACAAUGAACAAGUGUCUUGUUGAUUGUAACUAAUUAUAUAUAUAAGUUAAUUAGUCAUCAAUAAGAUGCAGUGCUUGAUUUGGUGAUCAGAAUUUAAAGACAAUGCAUUCUUUGGUUUU